AUGUCCGAUUCAGACUCUACCCUAUCCCCCGAACCUCAGCGCACUAUUAAAAUAAUCUUCAUCUCGGAUUAUGUACGUCUACCUUCUUAUUCUCCUUGUAUAUUCCAUUUUUCCUAUGAUUUAUCAUUCUUCGGCAUUUACCAGCUCUGCGCCUUUUGCUACAUCGGGAAUAAGUCCCUCAAAGACGCUAUUGCCGGAUGUCGUGACUUGGAUGUACGUUUCGACGUGGAAUUCCGGCCAUUUACCCUCCUCUGCCAAUCAUCCGUACCCGAGGUCCCCAAAGCGAAAGGUGAAAAAGUGCCCAAUCGCCGGGAUUACCUCGUUCGGAAGUUCGGUAAAGAGCAAGCAGAAAGCAAGUGGAAAGUGGUGGAGGAAUUAGCACAAAAAGCCGGGUUACCACUCGCGGAAGAUGGAAUCGUGGCCCGGUCUACUCUCGCCCACAGACUGGCUGUGAAAGCAUAUAAAGUUGGCGGGCAAGCUAUGCAAGGCCACCUCAAUGAUCUUUUAUUCGAUGCCAUUUUCGCCGCCUGCAAGGAUGUCAGCGACGUCGAGUUUCUUGCCGAUGCAGCAGAGAAAAUUGGCUUGAUGAACAAGGCAGAGGCUACUACUUUCUUGCAAGAUACUGAUUGCAAGAACUGCGUCAAUCAAAUGAUUGAAGCCGCCCGGGCGAGCGGUGUGAAUGGCGUGCCUUCCAUCAUCAUUGAUGGAAAAUGGGCUUUGAAUGGCGUUCAAUCUACAGAGUGUUACCUCCAGAUCUUGCGCAAAAUUGCACAAUCUUCGUCAAUGACGGAAUGUGCAUCGAUCGUCUCAGUGGAAUCAUAA